CAGUGUCAAUAAGUCAAUGCACAGAGGAAGAUAAGCGGAAUCACUAGUAGUGUCUGGGUGAGAUAGUGAAAGCGUCGUCCACGGGGCUCGGUGAGGCUGGAAAGGCGACUACUGGUGGACAGCUUUCUCCAUGUACCCGCGGAGGUCACAGAGAAGAAACUCGCCACUUCGUGCUGUUCCCCACAGCCUCAAUGUAGCUUCGUUCCAGUCUGUAGAGCUGCGCCUAUUGUAAAUGAGCAAAGACCUGGAAAUUAUGAGCGAAAACAUCUGGGUGCGGCACACUUUAGAGGAAAAGGUUUCGCUGUGCCGGAGGUGGUUCGCAGUUUUGCCUUUUGUAUUUCCUUGCUGAAUGUAGUGGACAUUUUGGAUUUUUUUUAAUGUUGUGUCAUUAAUUUGCAUCAGUUAAGGACCAUUUUUGCUCUUGUCUUCGUCGUCGGUCAGUCUGGCAGUGCCACAAGGCAAUAUUUUUAUGUCUCAAAACAACUGAGAGGGACAACGUUAAACUUGAGGGCGGCUCGCUGAGGAGAAUGUACGCACUGGGCCAGCUUCGAGUUGCUCUCUAAGUAAGGCAAUAUUAGCUAGCUGCUAACACUAGCCAGACCCAAUUGAACUGCCGUGAAGCAAACCAGUGAAACCAGCUAAUGCCCACUUCUCAAGGUGUUUGUUGGGUAGUAUCAGCCUGCACAUAAGCUGGAUAUCAUUAAAUGAGACGCUGACCCGACAGUAACUCAGUGCCUCAGGAUGUCCAAGCGGAGCCUGUUUGUUCGUCUGGUACCAUGCCGCUGCUUGCGGGGCGAGGAGGAGAUCGUAACAUCGCUGGACUACUCCCACUGCAGCCUGGAGACUGUUCCUAAGGAGAUCUUUAACUUCGAGAAGACCCUGCAAGAACUCUACCUCGAUGCCAACCAGAUCGAGGAGCUGCCUAAACAACUGUUUAACUGCCAGUUACUCAACCGACUGAGCAUGCCAGAUAACGACCUGGCAGUGUUGCCAGCAGCGAUCGCAAACCUCAUCAAUCUCAGGGAGCUUGAUGUCAGCAAAAACAGCAUCCAGGACUUUCCAGAGAACAUCAAGAACUGCAAAGGCCUAGCAAUUGUAGAAGCCAGUGUGAAUCCCAUAUCCAAGCUCCCUGAAGGCUUCACUCAGCUUCUGAGUCUGACGCAGCUCUACCUGAACGAUGCCUUUCUGGAGUUCCUACCAGCCAGCUUCGGCAGGUUGACUAAGCUACAAAUCCUGGAGCUGAGGGAGAAUCAGUUAAAGAUGUUGCCAAAAAGCAUGCAGAAGCUCACACAGCUGGAGAGGUUGGACCUGGGGAGUAAUGAGUUCACUGAAGUGCCUGAGGUGGUGGAGUGGCUGACUGGACUCAAGGAGCUGUGGAUGGACGGGAACAAACUGACCUUUUUACCUGGGAUGUUGGGGACACUAAAACAACUGGUGUAUCUAGACGUGUCGAAGAACAACUUGGAGAUGGUGGAUGAACAAAUCCGCGGCUGUGAGAAUCUACAGGACCUUCUGCUCUCCAACAAUGCUCUCACACAGCUGCCAGGCUCCAUCGGCAACCUGAAGAAACUGACUGCACUGAAAGUGGAUGAAAAUCAGCUGAUGUACUUGCCAGAUUCCAUUGGAGGGCUGACAUGCAUUGAUGAGCUGGAUUGCAGUUUCAAUGAGAUUGAAGCGUUGCCAGCCACCAUUGGCCAGUGUGUCAAUAUGCGCACCUUUGCUGCAGAUCACAACUUCCUUGCCCAGCUUCCACCCGAGAUGGGCAACUGGAAGAGGGCAACUGUGCUGUUUCUACAUUCCAACAAGCUGGAGUCUUUGCCCGAGGAGAUGGGCGACAUGCAAAAGCUCAAAGUCAUCAACCUCAGCAACAACAAGUUGAAGAAUCUUCCGUACAGUUUCACCAAACUGACUGAGCUGACUGCAAUGUGGCUGUCUGAAAAUCAGUCAAAACCCCUGAUCCCACUCCAGAAAGAGGAAGAUCCAGAGACUCAGAAAACAGUGCUGACCAACUACAUGUUCCCCCAGCAAAUUAGGAUUGAGGAAUACAUUCCAAACUCUGACUCUGAGAGCUUUAAUCCAACUCUGUGGGAGGAGCAACGCAAGCACCGAGCUCAGGUGGCCUUCGAAUGUGACGAGGACAAAGAUGAGAGAGAAACGCCCCCGAGGGAGGGAAACCUGAAGCGCUACCCUACACCAUACCCAGAUGAGCUGAAGAACAUGGUGAAAACAGCCCAGUCGGUGGCUCACAGGCUCAAGGAGGAUGAGUCGAGUGAUGAGUCCAGCAAAGAAGCAAAACCUGUUGAGAGAAACCACAUUGGAGUGCAGGAUGUGGGGGUAAAGGUGAUUGAAGCCCCCUGUCCCAAUGGUGUAGCGUCAAACAUGGAGGCCCAAGUGUCUGCCGACGUGUGUGGCCAAAAUCUCUCUGCACCCGAAGCAAAGGACACUUCUGAGUCUUACAGCUCCCAGAAAAUCCCCCUCAAGUCUUCAGAGGACUCGAUGAUGAACCACGAGGACACACUAGAGGAUUCUGAGGAGCUGUCAGAUGAAGAAGACGAGAUGAAGAUUGCAGAGCUCAGACCCCCUCUUAUUGAGAUUUCCAUCAACCAGCCUAAAGUAGUGACUCUAAGUAAGGAUAAAAAAGAUGAUGGGAAAGAUGCAGAUUCUUUGCUGGAUGACACCGUGGCUAACAGUAACCAGAACAACAGUAACUGCUCAUCUCCAUCACGCAUGUCAGACUCUGUGUCUCUGACCACAGACAGCAGCCAGGACAACUCUUUGUGCACACCUGAGAGAGAGGCAAAGAUGCCUUUCCUACCAAAAAGCCGGCAAGAAGAUGAGAAUAUGAACCAGCCUAAAGAUACCACCCCUCUCCUCCAUAAUGGCAAUGGCUCUGAAACGUCCCUCCAGGCCCUCUUAAAAACCCAGCAGGCACCACCAGAGAAAAUGGGAGACUACGACCUGUCCAUGGAAGCCAGACUGGCCUUCAUUGAGAAGGAAAUAAACAAUGGUAUGGGAGACACGUACACCAAGUGGGACCAGAUUAAUAUGAAUGUGACCAAGCUGCCAACUGACAACAUGGUUCAGCUGGAUGAGCUGGAUAAAGGCAAGAAUGGUUCGUUAGCUCAGGAGGAAGUGGACAGCAAAGAGGGUUACGAUAACAUGGAUCAUUUACAGAAUGGAAAUCGACAGGCAGGUGACUGCAACGAUAGUCUGGGGAAUAAAAGCCUAGGGAUGAGAGGAGAAACAGCUGCUGUGCACGUGGCCUCGACAGGCGUGACAGCCUGCAGUGACAUGUCUCUAUCUCACAGCACUGAGGAACUGUCUCCAGAGAAAAGGUGCCAUCCCCUGCAGGUGUUGAAGUCUCACAGCAUCAGCAACAUAGAAACAGGGGCCAUGAGGUUGUACUCCUUUGAUGGAGAUGAUGACUCAGUGGGGACUAGGGUGGCAGGGGCCGGGCCAGGGCCAGGAGCUCAGGGCCAGAGCAUAGUCAGGAGCAAGUCAGCCGGCCAGUUGCUCAAUGAUCAGACUCUCCUGGUCUACCCCAACUCCUCUGCGUCCUCUUCAGACCUGCUCUCCUCUUCUAAGCUUCCUGCCAACACAAGCAGACAUCCAGUCUCCUCCAGCAUGGCCAUGGGAACCCCUCCUCCUCAGUACAACAUACAAUACACAAACAGUGACAUGUCUAAAGAGGGUCUCUGGGGGCAGAGGACAGCCAUGGCUUCAGAGCAACAAGGCUACCAUCCUGCUCCUCCUCCACACUCACUAGCCAACACAAAUUACUCAAACCGUAAUCAGGCGCCUCCUUACCCUCUGCAGCCCCAGCAGAGAGGCCCUGCGAUGGCUUCCAAACCUUCUGGGGAGAUGUGGGCUAUGGAGAGACUUCAUUCUGCUGCAGGCCAGCCUAGAAGCAGCACCCUACAGAGGCAAGGCAGCACUAGCUCCACAGCUUCCAUGUCUGACCCAAGGCGUAUGCAGUUGUCCGAAGGAGACUACAUGACAUACAGGGACAUUCACACCCUCGCCAGAGGGCCACUAGCAAUGAGUCACGCCAUGCAGAGGCCCCUCUCAGCUCGCACUUACAGCAUCGAUGUACCUGGAGCUUCCAGGCCUCACAGCAGCAGGCCACCGGCCCAUGAGCUUCCAGAACGGACCAUGUCUGUUAGCGAUUUUAAUUACCAGCACAGCAGCCCCAGCAAGAGGCCCAACACCAGGGUGAAGUCUGAGCACUCACUCCUCGACGGGCCAGGACAGAUGCAGGGAGGAAUGGGAGCAGGGAGGGUUCCAGUAGACUGGAGAGACCAGGUGAUGCGGCACAUCGAGGCCAAGAAGAUGGAAAAGAACGCGCUGUCUCGCUCCUAUAAUUCCAAUAACGCUCCGCUGAGCUGGUCUCACUACGGCAGCUGUAGGGAUAUGCAUGCCAGCCAAGGGUCCCUGGUCUUUAGUGUCAGGGACGGACAGCCCUACGGAGCUCUGGGCUUCUGUGAUGAUGUUUUUGGUCCCCAAGGGAUGCAAAACUACACUUUGGACCCUGCCAGAAAAGUGCCUUUGAUGAAUGGUCAGAUGGGUCCUUCGGCUCGUCCUCCGAUGAGCCAGUCGUCCAUGGCACGUCACCCUUCCAGAGAGCAGCUCAUCGAUUACCUGAUGCUCAAAGUCUCCCAGCAGCCCCAGGGGCCUUCACGAAUUCCACUUGAACCCAUCCAACAAGAGAUCCGUGUGAAAGUGGAGAAGAAUCCUGAGCUGGGUUUCAGUAUAUCAGGAGGAAUCGGAGGCCGGGGAAACCCCUUUCGUCCUGAUGACAAUGGUAUAUUUGUAACAAGGGUUCAACCUGAAGGACCGGCAUCAAAAAUUCUUCAGCCUGGGGAUAAAAUCAUCCAGGCAAACGGAUAUAGCUUUGUAAAUAUCGAUCACGGGAACGCAGUGUCCCUUCUGAAGACUUUUCCAAACACUGUGGACUUGAUUAUCGUAAGAGGAAUCCAAGCAUAGACUGAAACUGACCUCAAAUAGAGUGUGACAUAUGGGAGAAGAACUGAAAAGCAUACGUUGACUUGUCAUAUUUUUGUACUCAGAAACUGAUCCAUUGCUACCUAUCGGGACUAUUUAUAGUAGAGAUCAUGGGAGCCUUGAUUAAAUGGGGAAAAAACCACUGAAUGUAGUGGAUCAAAGUGAGACAGCAGAAGAACAUCUGCAAGUACGAGUCCGAGUCCUCAAAAGGCCAUCACUGUGGAAUAUAUAUAUAUAUAUAUAUAUUCUUUUUUUUUUACAAAAGAAGCUGAAGAUAUGACGUCACUUACUGUGGUCUCUGUACAGGUCAUCUUUUUUUUUUUUUUAAACCCCAAAACUCUUCAUGAGUGGAUCAGGAGUUUGAUUUCACUUCUGCAGAUGGAUAUUAAUCUGACCACUAGGGGGCAGAGCUCCUUCUUUUCUGCCAUCCAGUUUGCCUUUUUUCUUUUCUUUCUUUUUAUUUAAGAUGUUGAAACCAUUUUCCAGUCUGCUUGCGAUCUUAACUGGAGGACAGUGUUACGUGCUUGCUAUGUAGAGACGAAUGUGGAUCAAGGAGGUGUUUGGCUUUGUUUUUUUGUGGGAGAGAUGCCCCCCACCCCCCAUCCCAUUUUUAUUUUGUUCUUGCAAGAUCAAACAGUUUGCUUCCACAAACCUGCGAAUCUCCACCAUCAUACAGACACUUCACUAUUUCAGCUCAUCCCUGACCUCAUCACUCCAACUGGGCAUAUCACAUUGCCACAUUGGAUUGUGGAAAUCUGCAAUAUAAAUGGAGCUGAAGAAAUGCACCCUGCAUGCAAUACAGAAAAACACAGAUUAUUGGGAAAUAUUCAUAUUUGGUUAGUAGGUAGAUUGUUGCAGAUGGAUACAUCGAAGUUGUUUCCUUGUUUUUAGGUGCAUUUCUCGAAUCAUGAGAGCUGUUUGACUCUGAGGACGAUGUGGCGGUUAUGCUAGUUUAACCAAAGCAAGUUUAGAAACCGUGGACAGACGGUAAAGAAAAGCAGGAGGUAUCUUAAGAGAGACUUGAGUCAUGUUUUUAAUUUUUAUUUUUAGGGGCUUCCUCUUUCAGGCAGCCGACAGUGAGCUGAGAGGGUUUCAACAUCUGGCAGUUUUAUUAUAAUUUUUUUUUUUUUUUUUUAAAUGGACCAUAGGUUGCCUUGUGUGUCUAUAAAAAUGUUUAGCCAUUGUUUUAAUCACCUUUUUGUUUUGGGGAUUUUCUUCGCUGUACAGAGAAUAGAUUUAGGAGAAACCAGUUGUCAAGUGCCAUAGACCUUGAACUGUUUGAACAGGGUGGUGGGGGGACCUUUGACGCCAGAACCCAAGCAAUACUCACAUAUUCACAACCUCCUGAGUACGUUUGCAGCAUAAUGGCUUAGAAGCAAUAUUUAAAGCCUUUAUUUUCAUUCACACAAAACAAAUCUUUUUUUUAAACAACACAACCUUUUAGUAUUCCCUGAUGAUUUUACAUGAUUUUUUAUAUUGUGAAAAGAAUCUUUUUGUAAUGAAAUGGCACAGGAAAUAAAUAUAUGGUAGUGUUUCAAAAAAGAUUAAAAAAACAAACAAAAACUCUGCGUUGUGUAAGAGCAGGUUUUAGCGUGUGUUGCGUAGCAUACCGUGUCUUCUAAUGUUUUAAUGUAGGUCGAAACAUUUGUAAUGUUCGUCACCGAAGGAAAAUUGUGGUUUUUAAAGCAUUGUCAUCAGCGUAAAAAACUAGACUCUGAUUGGGACAGUGAAUGCCUCAUUUGCAGCCGCACAUUUGUGACCACUGAGUUGUACAAUAUAAAUUGCAUUUUAACAAUGUUCUUGUUCUUGUUUGAACAAGAAGCAUCCCCUCGACUCACGACGGCCGAUUAGAUUAGGAGUCGUCUGCUGGGCUCUUCUUGUACGUGGCAACAGUGGGAAAGUAUUUGAUUCAUGUGGCACUGACAAACCAAAAUGACAACACUGUGGAAAUUGACGACAUUUUUAUCCCUUUUAAUAAAAUAAUAUUUAGAAUAUCACGCUGAUCUAAAUGAAGCUGUACCAUUUUAGUUUUUAAAUUCAGUCUAGUUUGGGCAACUUUUGUUUUCAGGAAAGUGACAACAUAAUGUGCUUCUGACAUUUUUAGUUUCUCACAACCUGUUUUUUGUUUUCACACUGAUGAGAUUAUUGAUUUUAUUUGUUUUAAUUUUGUGGGUUGUUUUCUGUACUGUCUCUGACUUUUAAUGGGAAAUGGUUAAUGGUCACUUUAUAAUCAUGGCAAAAAAUAAAAAAUAAAGUCUGACAUUGUAGACAAUCUAGGGAGAUCAAGCUUGUUUUCAUGCUUUCUUCAUCCAUGUUGGUUUGUUUCUCACGCUCCCGUUUUAUUUAUUUAGCAGCCUUCUUUGGAUUUCAGACCUUCCUAAUCAAACUGUAAAUACCCUUAAAAAGUUUUAGAAAAGAGGUCAUAAUGGCAUUAGUGACUUGCGAUUGUAAAACCAGCAAUAAAUUGCAAUUCAGAGGCACCAGUUUUAAUGUAUAGCUACUCUUUCUAAAUGGUCACGGUGAGAUGAUGAUCAUGACGAUGAUUGAUAUGCAUUUAUCCAACAUUCCAGAUUUUGUACAUAAUUACCUGUUUCUGAAGUAACCUGUGGAAAAUAAACUAAUGCUGUUUAACACAGA